UUCCUCAAAGAAAAUUCUCCCUGGCUAAGGCCAAUGUUUCUCUGAAUAGCUCCAACAAUUACCUCGGGACAGUGAAACUGAUGGUUCCUUCCAAGGAUUUGCUAAAAGACUCAAAGAAAAAGCAGUUUGUCUAUGUCAAUGUGAAGUCUCCCCAAUGUACGCUGGAGAAAGUUGUCCUUCUGGUAUUCCAGAAUGGAUACAUCUUUAUUCAGACUGAUAAAACCAUCUACACCCCAGGAUCUACAGUCAUGUAUCGGAUUUUCAGCAUGGACCACAAUUUGAAACCAUUGUCUAAGGCAGUGAUCAUCGAGUUCCUGACCCCAGAUGGGAUCACUGCAAAGAGAGACACUAUCCAUCACAAGAGCCAAUCGGGUAUUAUCUCCCAGGUUUACGUACUGCCUGAACCCGUGAGUUUGGGGGUUUGGAGUAUCUCUGCAAAGUAUGAAGACUCAACUGAGCAGAAUUUCACCACAAACUUUGAGGUGAAGGAAUACGUUAUUCCCAGUAUUGCGGUUUCCUUGUUAGUAAAACAAAACUUUUUCUACAUAGACGAUGACACAUUUCACAUAAGUAUUAAAGCUAAUCUCCUUUAUGGGCAGCCUGUGGAGGGAGAGGCCUAUGUGUUGUUUGGAUUGAUGAAAGACGGUGAGAAGAAAGGAAUUCCAAACACUCUGCGAAGAGUUUCGUUUGAAGAUGGUGAAGCAGAAUGUGAGCUGAAAAGAAAAGAUCUUAUCCGUUAUGUACAAAAACCAGAGGACUUACUGGAGUUUACCUUGUAUGUGACCGUUACAGUCAUCACUUCUUCAGGUAGUGACGUGGUGGCAGCUGAGCUGGAAAAUAUUCAUAUUGUAACCUCUCCGUAUAAAGUCAUUUUUAUCAAAACUUCGAAAUAUUUUAAGCCCGGCAUGCCUUUUGACCUAAUGGUGUUUGUCACGAAUCCCGAUGGUUCUCCUGCGAAUCGCAUUCCUGUGAUAGCUGACCCGGGUAAAGUUCUGGCAACAACACAGAGUAAUGGAAUUACUAGGCUGUGGCUUAAUACCCCAACUGGAAUAAACUAUCUGCCAAUAACAGUAAAAACAGCGCAUCCUGCUUUACCCCCUAACCGCCAGGCAUCAGCGUCCAUGACAGCCACAGCUUACAAGCCAUUAGGUAGAAUCGAAAAUUUCCUGCAUAUCGGCAUCACCGGUUCAGAAAUGAAACCUGGAGAAAAUAUGGCUGUGAAUUUUAAUAUAAGGAACAGUAUUCUGGCGAAUCAGAACCAGAUCCAGCAUUUCACAUACUUGAUUAUAAACAAGGGCAGAAUAAUGAAAGUGGCCAGACAACAACGCCAACCAGGUCAGUCCCUUGUGGCUGUAUCUAUCCCAGUCACAGAAAAUGUAAUUCCUUCUUUCCGUAUUGUGGCUUAUUACAUCGUGCAGACAAUAGCAGGACCUGAAUUAGUGUCGGACUCUGCCUGGGUGGAUGUCAAAGAUACCUGCAUGGGCACCCUGGUGGUCACUGGUGAGAGAGAGAGAGAUAACAGUAUCCAGAGCCCAGGUUCCCCAUUGCGGCUGAAAGUUAGUGCAGACCACAGAGCCAAUGUGGGACUCGUUGCUGUGGACAAACGUGUUUUUAUGCAGAAUAAGAAGUUUAAACUUUCUCAAAGCAAGGUGUGGGACUAUGUAGAAAAGUCUGACAUUGGCUGUACACCCAGCAGUGGUGCUGACAGUGUGGGAGUAUUUUAUGACGCUGGUUUGGCUUUACAGACAAAUUUCAAGAUCUCCACAGCUCAAAGAUCAGAGUCACAUUGCCCAGCACCAUUAGUAAGGGAGCGGCGUUCUGCAACAGUGCUUACUAAAUUUAAAGCCACCAAAUCUUCAGUCUAUAGUGGCCAUGCAAAGACAUGCUGUGAAGAUGGCAUGAGGAAACAUCUAAUGAGCUUCAGCUGUGAACAACGAGCACGCAUGAUCGUUGAUGGGAAAGCGUGUGUGGAUGCCUUCCUGGACUGCUGCAAAAACUUUGAGAAGAAGAAGGAAAAAGAAAAGCACUCGACAAUCGCGUAUUUUCAGGGUAGAGAUGAAGAUAAUGAGUUCCCGCCUGAUGCUGAGAUCGUGUCCAGGACUGAGUUUUUGGAGAGUUGGUUCUGGAAAGUCGAACAAAUGACAGAAAUGCCAGAUGUAAAUGGUAUUUCCACCAAAGUGCUGCCUGUUUUCCUGAAGGAUUCAAUCACCACAUGGGAGGUUUUGGCUGUGAGUCUGUCUGAAAAUAAGGGUAUAUGUGUGGCUCAACCAUAUGAGAUUCAGCUUAUGACGAACUUCUUCAUUGACCUGAGACUGCCUUAUUCUGUUGUGAGAAAUGAGCAGGUGGAAAUCCGGGCUGUUCUCUACAACUAUGGAGAAGGAAGUAUAAAGGUACAUGUGGAACUGACACACAACCCAGAGUUUUGUAGUCUCUCCACAUCUAACAAGAACUUCCACAAACUGGUGUCCAUCAGUGCUCACUCCUCUGCUGUUGUCCCACUCAUUAUUGUGCCUCUAAACUUGGGUCAACAUGAACUGGAAGUAAGGUCGCCUGGUGGUACAUUUGUGCCAGACAGUGUUAAAAAGAAGCUAAAUGUUGUGCCAGAAGGAAUGCGUCGGACCAACCUUAUCAAGUCAGUGACUCUAAAACCACAGGUGAAAGGAGUAGAUGGUGUGCAGAGAGAAAAAGUUUUACUAGUGAAUGUGAAGAACAUUGUUCCCCGAACAGACAUUGAGACAAUUGUAACUGUUGCAGGAAGUCCAAUCAGUCUCAUGGUGGAAGAUGCUGUUGUUGGCAAAAAACUAAAUCAUUUGAUCGCCUCGCCAUCUGAUUGUGGAGAACAGAACAUGGGUUUUAUGACUACCAGCGUCAUAGCCACACGUUACCUUGAUGUCACCAAUCAGUGGAAGAAUGUAGGAUUAAACCGCCGAGAACGAGUCAUCGAGAACAUAAAAAAAGGUUAUAUUCAGCAACUGGCAUACCGUAAAGCAGAUAACUCGUUUGCAGCAUUUUUACAUACACCAGCCAGUACAUGGCUCACUGCUUACGUUGUCAAGGUGUUUGCAAUGGCACAGACAGUGGUGGAUAUUGACAGUAAUGUUGUAUGUGGGGCUGUUACGUGGUUGGUUCUAGAGAAACAGAAAUCUGAUGGAUUAUUUCAAGAGACUGCACCCAUCAUUCAUCAGGAAAUGAUUGGAGGAAUCAAGGGAUCCAACGAAUACAAUGCAGUUCUCACAGCCUUUGUUCUCAUUGCUUUGCUGGAGAGUGAGAAAAUAUGUAUCGCACAUGUCGAUAAUCUGAGACACAGUAUUGAAAGAGCAACAGCUUUCCUAGUGGGCCAGUACCCAACAUUACGCAAACCGCACACUGUUGCAAUCACCUCAUACGCUCUUGCUAUGGCUGGAGUUUUGAAUGAAACAAGGACCCUGCUUGCUGCAUCCACAGAUAAAGCUCACUGGGAAGAGGAAGGUUCUCAUUUCAUCACAAUAGAAGCCACAGCUUAUGGCCUUAUGACCUUACUUAAAAUGAAGCAGUAUAAGCGGACUGGCGCCAUUGUACGCUGGCUUACGAAGAAGAUCUAUUUCAAAGCUGUUUAUGGAUCAACACAAGCAACCGUCAUAUAUUUCCAGGCUCAAGCGCAAUAUCAGCAAGACGUCCCAGGAAUGAAUGAAUUAGACUUGAAUGUUUCUUUUCAUCUGCCAGAGAGAAACCAGCCUUUAACUUACCGCCUAAAUUUGGCUAAUGCUUUGUUAGCCCAUUCAGCUGAGACUCUUGUGAAUAAAGGAUUUGAGGUGGAAGCAAAGGGAAAAGGACAAGCAAUUAUGUCGGUAAUGACGGUGUAUCAAGCAUUAAUGACAGAGAAAGAGAUGAAGUGCAACAACAACUUUGAACUUUCAAUAAAUGUCACAGAAGACGAUGAUUUAACAAUUAGGAGACCUGAAGGCGCAAUUUCAAUGGUGGCUUUAGAUAUUUGUGUCAGACAUCUCAAAGAUGUAGAUGCCACCAUGUCUAUCGUUGAGGUGUCAAUGUUGACUGGUUUUGCUCCAGCUGUGGACGGACUUAACAAGCUCAAACGAGGGGUAGACAAAUCCAUCUCUAAAUUUGAGGUCAAAAAGAGAGUAACGGACAAAGAGACCGUCAUUAUUUAUGUGGACAAGAUCUCACACUCAGAAGAAACCUGCUUGAAGCUUUUUGCUCAUCAGAUGUUUAAAGUGGGUCUUAUCCAGCCGGCAUUGGUCACAGUCUAUAACUAUUACAAUCCAGAGAGUCGCUGCACCAAAUUUUACCAUGUGAACGAGGGCAGCUCUCUGCUCGGCAGAAUCUGUCAGGAUGAUGUGUGUCGCUGUGCAGAAGAUAACUGUUACAUGCAGCAGCAAUUAGAAAAUGUUUAUGCAGUAAGUCGUCAGGAAAGUGCAUGUGGUCCAGGCGUGGACUUUGUGUACAAAUUAAAGCUCGAGAGUAAAGAACCACAUGGUAACUACAAUAUUUAUGUGAUGACGAUUCUCCAGGUCUUAAAGCAAGGUAUGGACGAAGACAUCCUUGGAAACCAACGUGAUUUUAUUAGUCAUGUAAAAUGUGAAAAGGCAUUACAUUUAGACAUUGGGCUGGAAUACAUCAUUUGGGGUGUAAAUAAAGACAUUCAGAGUCAUGGCUCUAGCCACACCUAUAUCAUUGGGAGAGACACUUGGAUCGAGUGGUGGCCAAAUGUCCGGGAUUGUCAGAAUGCAGAGAAUGCUGAACUCUGUGAAGCCCUCAAUAUGGUGGCUGAAAUGCUGGAACAUGCUGGCUGCCCAUCAUAA